AGGAAAAAGCAGCCCGGUGACUGUAGGACCUAGCAGCAGAGAAAUAUCUUUAAAAUAAUCACACAUACUCCUUCAUAGACAAUACAUCGUGUCUCAGAGGAAGCCCAUCCUUGUUUUAUCGUAAUGUUAGGCUAAUAUCUUAGCUUAAAUGAGCAGUAAAAAGCACGUUUUAACGCGUUUGUAAUGCAGCCACAUCGCCACCUAAAGCCCGCUAUGUGAACGCCUAGUGCGCAUGCGCGGUUCACCGGAGAAGAUGGCGACCAGCAAUGGUGGAGGAAUGGAAGUGGACGGGGCAGCCAGCCCCAGUGUCAUGGCCUCGGGCGUCACCGGGAGCGUUUCUGUGGCCUUACACCCUUUGGUUAUCCUUAACAUAUCUGACCACUGGAUACGCAUCCGCUCACAGGAAGGAAGACCAAUGCAGGUGAUUGGAGCUCUGAUCGGGAAGCAGGAGGGUCGAAACAUCGAGGUGAUGAACUCCUUUGAACUAAUGUCUCAUACCAUCGAUGACAGAGUACAUAUUGACAAGGAGUACUACUACACCAAGGAGGAGCAAUUCAAACAGGUCUUCAAAGAAAUGGAGUUCUUGGGUUGGUACACCACGGGCGGCCCUCCCGAUCAAUCAGAUAUCCACAUUCACAAGCAGGUGUGUGAGAUCAUUGAGAGUCCUCUCUUCCUCAAGUUGAACCCAAUGACCAAACAUACUGAUCUUCCUGUUAGCGUAUAUGAAUCUGUGAUUGACAUCAUCAGUGGCGAGGCUACCAUGUUGUUUGCUGAACUGACAUACACUCUGGCCACAGAGGAAGCGGAGAGAAUCGGCGUUGACCACGUAGCUCGAAUGACCGCCACUGGAACUGGAGAAAACUCAACAGUUGCUGAACACCUUAUAGCCCAGCACAGUGCGAUAAAGAUGCUCCACAGCCGGGUGAAGAUCAUUUUAGAGUACGUCAAAGCCGUGGAAACAGGAGAGGUGCCGUUUAACCACGAGAUCCUUCGAGAAGCGAACGCCCUCUGCCACAGAUUGCCUGUCCUCAGCACCACAAAAUUCAAAACCGACUUCUAUGAUCAAUGUAAUGACGUGGGCCUCAUGGCCUACUUAGGCACCAUCACCAAGACCUGCAACAGUAUGAACCAGUUCAUCAACAAGUUCAACGUCCUGUACGACAGACAGGGCAUUGGCCGGAGGAUGAGAGGACUCUUCUUUUGAGCUGGUAGUUAUUAUUAUUGUUAUUAUUAGCUGAAGUAGAGAGACAAACGAGCACUGCAGUUUCUUCUCUCUUCUGUCUUUUUGUUUUGUUUUGUUUGUAUUUUGGUCAGCUGAGACACAUCCUUUAAACCAACAGUAGCUUUUCAAACCAGUUUCAGUUUCAACCACAAGUGUGUCCAGAAGCACUUAAUUUACACCGAUUGGUUAUAUAAACAGAAAAAAAGAGAGGUGUACAAAUUUAGGCUCUUUCUUGCGUAUGCAGAGCAACGAAUCCACUGUACAUGAACAUUAUAUUAUUUUACCAGUUUGUUUUAUUGUUUGAUGUUUCUGUAUGUAAUAAAUGAUCUGCUGAUUUUUUU